AUGGCCCGUACGCCAGCACAGUCCGCCGUCCCAUCCCUUGCUGCCUCGUCAGCUGCCUCGGGCUCCACUUCCAUGCCAGACUCGCCCCGGACGCCCGCCACAGAGAUGCCCGACGCGUCCGCGACACCUGCUUUCGAAGAUGUCGCUCCCAAGGGCGAUGUUGUCCCUAAGGACGAGGUGGAAGACGACGGCCUUGUCCUUGAUGCAGCUGACCCAGAGGCUUCCGCUCGUACCGCGCACCUCUCAUUUCUCCUCGAGAAAUCGACCAUCUACGCCAAGAUCAUUGGCGACCGUAUGGAGCGCCAGCAAAUCGAAAAAGCCCAGGCGGAAGCUCGUGCCGCGACCCGCCGUGCGAACAAGGAGAAGAAGGAGGCUGCCGGCCCAUCCUCUGGUCGCGCUGGCAUGCGCGGACGCGCAAAGGAGGACGAGUCCGCACGCCCAGCCAAGCGCAGGCGCGCAGACGAGUCUGGCCGCAGUGGCAAGCGCGACACACCCGAGGUGGACGAGUCAAGCAAUGCCCAGGAGGAACAUGAAGUCAAUCUCGAGAACGAUGCCGACGCCGACGAUGAUGCCAAUGACGGCAAGCAGUACUCGUUUGCCCAGCCCUCGCUCAUCACUGGCGCCACACUUCGCGACUACCAGCUCGCCGGUGUGCAGUGGAUGAUCUCCCUUUACGAGAACGGCUUGAACGGUAUCCUGGCUGAUGAAAUGGGUCUGGGAAAGACGCUUCAAACCAUCUCCUUCCUUGCACACCUCCGCUCAAAGGGCACUUGGGGUCCAUUCCUCAUUGUCUGUCCACUCUCGGUCCUGCAUAACUGGGUGACCGAGUUCGAAAAGUUUGCGCCCUCUAUCCCCGUCAUCAUGUACCACGGUACCCCCGAGCACCGUGCCGAGCUGCGUACGUCACGCAUGCAGGUUCCCAAGGGCUCAGACGCCGGCGGUGCCGGUGGUCGUAGGGGGCGCAAGUCACUCGGCUCUCGCACCACCGCCAACACUACCGCCACCUUCCCCAUCAUUAUUACCACCUACGAAAUUACCAUGCGCGACCGCUCAUUCCUGAGCAGUUAUCAGUGGAAGUACAUCGUGGUCGACGAAGGCCACCGUCUGAAGAACCUGGACUGCAAGCUCAUUCGCGAGCUCAAGUCGUACCACAGCGCCAACCGUCUUAUCCUCACUGGUACCCCCUUGCAUAACAACCUGGCCGAACUGUGGUCACUUCUCAACUUUAUUCUCCCCGACAUUUUCGACGACCUCAGUUCGUUCCAGCAGUGGUUCAACUUUGACGACAUGGGCAACGAGGGCCUGCUGAACAAGACCUCGAUCGUCCACCAGCUCCAUGGUAUCCUCAAGCCAUUCCUUCUUCGUCGCCUCAAGGUCGAUGUCGAGAAGGACCUGCCACCCAAGAAGGAGUACCUCCUGUACGCGCCCCUCACACAGCCCCAAAAGGAUCUGUACCAGGCCAUUGUCAAUCGCGACAUCCGCCGCUACUUGAUCAACCUCAAGACUGGCGUUGAUGGCGAUGCUGAGGCGAUUGAGGACGUGUGCGACAUUGAGCCUCAGAUCGUGGAAGAGGUGAUUGUCGAUGGCCGCAAGAUGCGCCAGCGGGUGCAGGACGUGAGCUACAAGAUUGAGGAGAACGACUCCAAGUACCUCCGUGAGCUCGAGAGGAAGGCGAACCGCCCUACCCCGCCUCCUUCCAAGGCUCCAUCGCAGCUCGGGCGCGAGUGGGCGAUCGCCCAGGCUACCAAAUCGGUCAACAACAUGCGCCUGCAAAACCUCGUCAUGCAACUGCGCAAGGUGUCGUCACACCCAUUCCUCUUCGACUGGCCAUACGACGAGGACACGAACGAGCUCAUUAUCAACGAGAACCUCGUCAACGCCAGUGGCAAGAUGCUGCUCCUGAACCGUCUGCUCGACACUCUCUUCGCGACCAAGCACAAGGUGCUCCUCUUCUCGCAGUUCACCACCAUGCUUGACGUCAUUGAGGACUGGGCGACGCUGUACAAGGGCUGGAAGGUCUGCCGUAUUGACGGCAACACGUCGCAGGAGAGCCGUCGCGACCAGAUGAAGGAGUUCAACGAGGGCGGCGACAGCCCCGAUGCCCCCCAGCUAUUCCUGCUCAGCACCCGCGCCGGCGGUCUGGGCAUCAACCUCGUCGCAGCCGACACUGUCAUUUUCUUCGACCAGGACUGGAACCCCCAGAUGGACCUGCAAGCCCAGGACCGUGCCCACCGUAUCGGCCAGACCAAACCUGUCCUCGUCUUCCGCCUCGUCUCGGCACACACCAUCGAGACCAAGAUUUUGCAAAAGGCAGGCAACAAGCGCAAGCUCGAGGCCCUCGUUAUCCAGCAGGGCAAGUUUGGCAAGGUCGUGGACGAGAACGGCCGCGUCCUGUUGGGCAGGAAGGAACGUGCCCACCAGAGCACGGCCGAGAUGGCCCGUGCCCUCCUCGACCUGGAAGGCGAGGAGAUCAACGUCGCCAGCGCCGACGACACGAUCAUUUCCGACGCCGACCUCGAGAUCCUGCUCGACCGCUCGCCUGCCGCGUUUGCCCGUGAAAAGGGCUGGUCUGCUGGUCUCGGUAAAGUCGGUGCCGCGGGACGCGAUGCGCAGCUUGCCAAGGGCCAAAAGACCGCAUUCGAGGUCUUCGUGCCGGCCAAGGACGAGGCGGCCGAUGGCCUCGCGCACAUGUUCGAGGGCGAUGGCGAGCAGCAGGAGCAGUAG